GUUUCAGUUUUGCUGGAAAUAUCAAAUCUUCUGAAUACCGGAUUGGAUGCGGAAACGUUAUCGAUUUGUGUGCGCCUGUGCGAAGCAGGUGUCAAUGCAGAAGCUCUGGCGCUGGUUGUUCAAGAGUUAAGACGUGAAGUCUCAAGUUUGAAA